AUGGACCCCGCCACCCCCCCCAACCCCUUCGCAUCCUCCCCAGCAUCCAUCCCCGUCCCCGCCUCCCCUCCCGAGUCCCCCGUCCCCUCCCUGCCGCUGCCCGCCGUCUCGCCGCCGCCCCUCCCAUACUCUGUACCCGUCCCCCAGCCCAAGAAGACAUCCUCGCUCAUAUCGGCUGCCUCUGGCUCUCCCCCACCAACCCAUCGGGCAAGCUUCCCGGAUCCUUCCAAGCAGCCCAAAUCGAUGGCUGCCCUGGGCGGGCCAAAGCCCAAAAGCGACUUUUGCUGUGGCAUCGACAAGGACAUCUCGCUCGGGGAGCAGGUGCAUAUCAUCGAUGCCAUCAAGACGAACGAGGGUGGGACGGCAAGCUAUAUCACUUAUAUCAUAAGAGUCGGGACGCACACCACGCGCCGACGCUAUUCCGCCUUCUCGUCAUUACACCAAGCUUUGACAGGUCUCUACCCUGUCCUGAUAAUACCGCCCAUCCCGUCCAAGCAGUCGUUGACAGAUUAUGCUGUCAAAGGCCAGAGUAAGGCAAAGGAGGACGCUACUGUGAUUGCGCGAAGGAAGCGUCUCUUGGAGGACUUUCUCAGGCGGCUGCUGAAGCACCCCAUCUUGGGCGGUGAACAUGUCCUCCAUCGUUUCUUGGAGGAAGGAGUCAGCUGGUCCGAAGUCAUCCACUCUCCUCCAGUGUCGCUUCUCCCCAAGAACCCUCUCCACGCUCCCUCCCAUAACCCCACCUUCCAACCCUCUACGCCCACUACAGGAGAGACUCCGCCUACAACAGCCUACAUUGCUCAUCAUCUACUCCCCACCCCAUCCCCCAACCAUCCUCUCCGCCAACCUGACCCUCGCUUUAUUGACUCUGAAGCCUUCACCGAGAAAUUCCAGACCCACUUCUCUGGCAAUAUGGAGAAGGUCAACAGACGGACUACCAAGCGAUGGGGAGAGAGAGCGCAUGAUUUAUCGGAGCUCGGCGGUAUAUGGAAUGGCUUUAGUCUGAUCGAACAGGGCAAGCUUGGAGAGGCGGUCGAGAAGGUCGGGCAAGCCGUGGACGCCGAAUACCUGGCAACAGCAGCUCUGCUGCAGUCAUGGGAGAAGACUGCUACUGAACCGCUUCACAUCUACUCUCAAUUUGCGGCUCUUAUCCGAUCCCGAUUGUCGUUCCGCCACCAAAAGCAUGUCCAAUUUGAGCUUGUCCAAGAGGCUCUUGACACCCAGCGCGACAAGCUUGAACUACUCGAGAAUGCGGAGCGUGAAGCAAAGCGCCUGGAAGAGGCUCUUGAAAGGGGUGGUAGCGUCCUCGGAAGUGCGAGCCCUACACCCCAGGUGUCGAGGGAAGAACGAGAAGAGCGGGACCGAGCAGUCAGACGAGCUAGAGGACAAGGAUUCGGUCUGUUGUCUGCAGUCAAGCAUAGCUUGAGUGGGAUGAUGGACAUGGACCCCGAGGCUACGAGGAGAUCAAACAUCGCGAAGACGAGGGACAAUAUCAGUCAACUCGAGGACUCCUACCACGCAGCUGCGCAGGAUCUGAAAUACGCCUCCAUGACUCUCCAGGCAGACCUCGAUCGAUUCCAGCGCCAAAAGGUAUCUGACAUGCGCCAACUCGCAAUCAACCUGUCUACCGUCCACAGAGACUGGUGCAAACAGAACCUUGAAGCGUGGAAGGCGGCUCAAGCAGCCAUCCGCGAGAUCGACGCGCACCCCAACCAGCCUCCAACUUCCUUCCCCUCUCAACCUCAGCCGGAAGCCGGUCCUUCGCGCACACAGGCUGAACCGUCCGAGGAGCAUACGUAUAAAGUUGCCGAGAUGAGAGACGGGAUUGAGAGGAUGGAGGUCGCCGACAAGCCGCUGCCUGUGCCCAAGGAUGAGCCUCCAGUGGCAUUGAAGCCCGAGGAGGAGCCUACUAUGGGCUUCCAGAUCAACUCUGGGUUCAACUCGGAGCCUUUGGGGGGCCUCGAGACUAGUCAGUACGAUGCAACACGGGAGCGGGAAAAGAAGGUGGAGGAGAAGAAGGAACAGAAGACGGACGAUAGUGUGGGACCUCUUGGACCGUUGUAA